AACUAGCGAAAAGUUGCGUUUCAUUGUUUGAGACAAAAAUGUCUCUACUAGUGUUUAUUUAUAGUAUAUUGUACUCAGCAGUGCUUUUUGAGUCAGUGCUGUGUGAUGCACAAUCAUGUUUUGCAUGUGCUGGUCCGAAAGUCGAUUGUGUUGCUAAUAACAGAACCGAUUUUCUGAAAAUGGACUGCACCACAUUCAAAGUGGAGGGUCAAAGUCUGAUUCAAAGAACUUCUCAACCAGAUCUUCUAGAAAAAUUUGAUAGUGAAGUGGGAGCAAUAGAAUCUGGAACUGAAGUUGGCUGUAUAACUUUGACAUUUGAACAUGAUAAACAGUCUCCGCAGGAACGAGCUCUGAAAAGUUGUGUACCGAAACAAGUUUUCGAUGAAGAUGUGUGCACGUAUAUGGAGGAAUUAGUUGCUGAAAUCGGUGGCAAGAAAACGUCAUGUAGUUUUUGCAAAAGCGACGACUGUAAUUCAACGGUUUCAGUUUCAGAUGGAAGAACUGUAAUUUUGCUUUUAUGUAUAGCUUACGUUUUUAGAUUUUUCUUGUAAGGUGUCAAUUUUCGUUUUUAAUAAAUUAUUUAUUUAA